CUUUCGAGCAAUACGCGGAACUGGAUUGACCAGGAACGACCCGUCGACUCGUUCACUUCACUCGGGUAUCUGGACGGAAAAGGUUGUCUUCCGCAUCACUUCCAGCAUUUCGAAUUUGAUCGCUCUACAUCAAAAUGGGUAAGGAGAAGACUCAUAUUAACAUCGUCGUCAUCGGACACGUCGAUUCCGGCAAGUCGACCACCACCGGUCAUUUGAUCUACAAAUGCGGCGGUAUCGACAAGCGUACCAUCGAGAAGUUCGAGAAGGAAGCCCAGGAGAUGGGCAAGGGUUCCUUCAAGUACGCCUGGGUGUUGGACAAACUGAAGGCUGAGCGUGAGCGUGGUAUCACCAUCGAUAUCGCCCUGUGGAAGUUCGAAACCUCCAAGUACUACGUCACCAUCAUCGACGCCCCUGGACAUCGUGAUUUCAUCAAGAACAUGAUCACCGGAACGUCGCAGGCUGAUUGCGCUGUGCUGAUCGUUGCUGCCGGUACUGGCGAGUUCGAGGCCGGUAUCUCCAAGAACGGACAGACCCGCGAGCACGCCCUGCUGGCCUUCACCCUCGGUGUGAAGCAGCUGAUCGUUGGUGUGAACAAGAUGGACUCGACCGAGCCCCCGUACAGCGAGGCCCGUUUCGAGGAAAUCAAGAAGGAAGUGUCCUCGUACAUCAAGAAGAUCGGUUACAACCCGACCGCUGUUGCCUUCGUGCCCAUCUCCGGAUGGCACGGCGACAACAUGCUGGAACCGUCCACCAAGAUGCCCUGGUUCAAGGGAUGGGCCGUUGAGCGCAAGGAAGGCAAGGCCGACGGCAAGUGCCUGAUCGAGGCUCUGGACGCCAUUCUGCCCCCGUCCCGCCCGACCGACAAGCCGCUGCGUCUGCCCCUGCAGGACGUGUACAAAAUCGGCGGUAUCGGAACGGUACCGGUCGGUCGUGUGGAAACCGGUGUGCUGAAGCCCGGUACCGUGGUUGUGUUUGCUCCGGUUAACCUGACCACUGAAGUCAAGUCCGUUGAAAUGCAUCACGAAGCCCUGCCCGAGGCUGUGCCCGGAGACAACGUUGGUUUCAACGUGAAGAACGUGUCGGUCAAGGAAUUGCGUCGUGGCUACGUCGCCGGUGACACCAAGAACGCUCCCCCCAAGGGCGCUGCCGACUUCACCGCUCAGGUCAUCGUGCUGAACCACCCGGGACAGAUCUCGAACGGCUACACUCCGGUGCUCGAUUGCCACACCGCACAUAUUGCGUGCAAGUUCUCCGAAAUCAAGGAGAAGGUCGAUCGUCGUUCUGGCAAGUCCACCGAGGACAACCCGAAAUCGAUCAAGUCCGGCGAUGCCGCCAUCGUCAUCCUGGUCCCGUCGAAGCCGCUGUGCGUCGAGUCGUUCCAGGAGUUCCCGCCUCUGGGACGUUUCGCCGUGCGUGACAUGCGACAGACCGUCGCCGUCGGUGUCAUCAAGUCGGUCAACUUCAAGGAUGCCACGGGUGGCAAGGUCACCAAGGCCGCUGAGAAGGCCACCAAGGCCAAGAAAUAGCCGCCAACGGCAGGUGCCCUUCAUAAUAUUUCAACAACAGAUGCAGCAGCCACCAACACCAUAUACUCCACCACCCGUCAUAUCCUCGAGAAACAACAACAAGACCUUGCGCUUGCUGCCGCCUCCGAUCGGAGGACGAACAUCAUCUCUGAUGGCGGCAAUGCGGCUAUUGCUGGGGGUACGAUGUCCGUCGGCGAUGUAGACGAUCAACAUAAGCACCCAGAGCAGCAGCAGCAGCAGCAUCCUAACAACACCUCCGCCACCACCACCUACACCACCUACGGCAGAUGGCUGAUCGAUAUAAAAACUUAUCACCACUUCCAUCGGAAGACAUUCAGACGAAAACGAAACGGGCUCUUGAAUUCAUUCCUUUUCAAAACUAUAAUUAAUAUCUUAACUAUUAAUUAUUAAUAUUUAAAGCGGAACCGAACAUAGAGCGAGAAAACCACGCGUUUAUAGAGAAAACAGAACUUAUUGGAACUCCGGGUAGAAUUUGCUAUUUUUCAGACCUAACUUUUGUAGAGUACAGAUUCUGCUCGCAGCAGGAGAGAAGAGCAGGGACGAGGAUAUGAAGAAUAAUAAGAAAAAUGGUAUCCUUGAAAAUAGAAAA